AUGCCAUCCGUAACGCCCUUCGAAUUACCCAUGCUCUCCCCGAGUAAGAAGAGGAGGCAUGAUGACGACUCCAGCCAGGUGCAGGUUCAAUUAACAUCCCAACACGAGUCGACGAAUCUUCUAUCUGCCAUCAACAAUAAUGAACGCUUCAUAUUCCCCACAUCGGCCAGAGGUGCUGCUUCCCUGCUGAAUAUGCCUCGGAAGAUGAUACCUCUACCUGUGAACAAGAGAUUCCGGCUUGUUAACGACAGCGAUGGACAUCUACAUUCACACAACUCCUACUCCCAUGCGCACCCCGAGUCACCGGCGCCUACACCAUCGCCACAGCACACCAAACUAGGCAUAAGUCUCAAAACAGGGCCAUCAAACUCGCAACCUCUUCUAAGCCCCUGCCACAUCUGCCACCGGAAACCCACCAAGAAAUCCGACCUGGACUCCUUCGCUGACUGUCUCGGCUGCGGACAGCGGUCCUGCUUCGUAUGCCUACGCGCGUGCCGGGGCUGGCUCGCAUCCUCGGAAGAAGAUGACGACAGCCUAUCUGCAUCGUUCACCAUGCAGGAUGUAGACGACAUCACCCCCGAGUCCUCCCCCGAGGCAAACCAGAAGCAAAGAAAGGGAAGCGGUACCGGGCCCGACUCGAGCUGGAUCGGCCGCGGCCAUCGGGAGCUGAUCUGUAGCCGGUGCUGCGUGGAGCGCGGACCCGAGGGCGACGUUGUGUGUUUGGGGUGCUUGGCCGGCAUGGAGGGGGCAUAG